UUGUCCCCCUUCGCUUCCCGUACCGAGAAAGGGGCGGAGAGCAAGAGGUCACGAAAGCGUUGCAUGCUGGGAAAACACGUGUAGCAGAAGACCAGAGAGGUACCAGUGACCCGUGGAACGUUGCCGCCAUGUCGUCCAAAAAGAAUCAGGGCGGAGAUGAGCGCUUCCACCGGGUGCAGAAGGACCCCCGAUUCUGGGAAAUGCCCGAGAGAGAACGCAAGAUCAAGAUCGACAAGCGCUUCCACUCCAUGUUCCACGACAGUCGCUUCAAGGUGAAGUACACGGUGGACAAACGAGGCCGACCCAUCAACCAAACCUCCACCGAGGACCUGAAGCGCUUCUACAACAUCUCUGACUCGGGGGACGAGGAGGAGGAGGAGGAGGAGGAGGGCGGGAGGAGCAAGAAGGAGGGCAAGCAGAAGAAAAAAGGGAAGGAGAAGCUGGUGAAGAACGGCCGAGCGGUGCAGAGGAGCGAUGGCGGAGAGCCGCCUGGACGAGGAGUCGUGGUUACUGGAGAAGGAGAGGAAGAUGAUGAUGAUGAUGAUGAUGAGAAGCAAACUGGAGCAGCACAUCCUGCAGAGGAUGAUGACGUUGUCCGAAUAGACAGUGGAGAUGAUGAUGAAGAAGAAGACGGGGACGACGAGGAUGAUGAUGAUGAAGAAGACGGGGAUGAUGAGGAGGAGGAGGCCGUUGUGGCGAGCGGCUCAGAUUCGGAGGAGGAGUCCGGUCUGGAUUCGGAGGAGGAGAGUGACAGCGAGCCGGAUCUGGCCCGAGGAAAAGGAAACGUGGAGACCAGCUCGGACGAGGACGAGGACGAGGUGGAGGCCAUCCUGAGGAAAGAGGAAGAGGAGAUCGAGCACGACUGGGGCGAGCUGGCCAAAGACGCUCCACGAAGCGACGAGGUUUCUGCCCGACUCGCCGUCUGCAACGUGGAGUGGGACCGGAUAAAAGCCAAAGACCUGCUGGCGCUGGUCAACUCCUUCGUUCCCGAAGAAAGAGCCGUGCUCUCCGUGAAGGUCUACCCGUCGGCGUUUGGGAAGGAGAGGCUGAAGGCGGAGGAGACUCAGGGGCCGAUGGAGCUGAAACCGCUUCCUGAGGACUCUGAGGACGACACCGAGGAGGAGAGAGGUCACAGGGAGAAGGUGCGUAACUACCAGUUCAAGCGUCUCAAGUACUUCUACGCCGUGGUGGAGUGCGACUCCGCCGACACCGCCGCCAAGAUCUACGAGGAGUGUGACGGCUUCGAGUACGAGAGCAGCUGCUCCGUGCUGGACCUCCGGUUCAUUCCCGCGGGGGAGACGUUUGAGGACGAGCCCAGGGACGUGGCGACGGACGUGAACCUGUCGGCCUACACGCCCAAGCUGUUCACCGCCGCCGCCACCGCCACCUCAAAGGUGCAGCUGACGUGGGACGAGACGGACAACGAUCGGGUGACCGCCCUCAACAGGAAGUUCGACAAGGACGAGCUGCUGGCGAUGGACUUCAAGGCCUACCUGGCCUCCUCCAGCGAAGAGGAGGAGGAGGGAGCAGGGUUCGAGUUUGGAGAUCCGCAGAGCGAAGACGGCGACGCAUCAGCCGAGGGUGAGACGAAGGAACCUAUCGAAUCGUCCGAUGAGACGAAGCGGCGCCGAACUGAACUCUCUGUUGGUCCAUUUGUAGCCGCGCGGCCGGAGGAGCAGCAGCAGCAGCAGGAGGAGAAGAAGAAGAAGAAGAAGAGCAGUAGAGGCGAGGAGCAGAUCUCCAAGUACAGAGAGCUGCUGAAAAGCAUCCAGGAGAAAGAGAAGAAGCUGCACGAGGACAAAGACAUGGGCAUGGAGGUCACCUGGGUGCCCGGGCUGAAGGAGACGACGGAGCAGCUGGUGAAGAAGAAGCUGGAGGGGAAGGACCAGGUGACGCCAUGGGAGGGCUACUUGCAGAAGAAGAAAGACAAGAAGAAGCAGAAGAAAUCGGAGAGGAAAGAGGGAGAGGACGAGGAAGAGCUCAGCGACGAAGACCUUCCCUCAGACGUGGAUCUCAGUGACCCCUUCUUCGCCGAGGAGCUCUCUGCCGCAGACAUGAAGAAGAUAAAGGAGGCGAGGAGGAAGAAGAAGAAGAAGAAUCAGGAGGAAGAGGAGCCGACCGCUGAGGACAAAGAGGAGCGGGAGAAACAAAAGGCGGAGAUGGCUCUGCUGAUGGAGGACGAAGGAGACGACGCCAAACACAAACACUUCAACUACGACGCGAUCGUGGAGCAGCAGAACCUGAGCAAGACCAAGAGGAAGAAGCUGCUGAAGAAGAGCAAGAAGCCGCUGGAGGACGACGACUUCCAGGUGGACGUCCAAGACCCCCGCUUCCAGGCCAUGUUCACCUCCCACCUGUUCAACCUGGACCCGUCCCACCCCAGCUACAAGAAGACCAAAGCCACGCAGAGCAUCCAGGCCGAGAAGCACCGCCGGCGAGGGCAGAAGGAGGAGGAGGAGGAGGAGGAGCGGCGGCGGCGGCGGAGGGAGAGGGCGGACGAGGCGGCCCGCGAGACGCGGGGAAAUGUCCCCGAGGCGCCGGCGGACGAGGACACCCCGAAGACGUCGAUGGACCCCGGCUUGUCUCUGCUCAUCAAGUCCAUCAAGAGCAAAACGGAGCAGUUCCAGGCCCGGAAGAAGCCGCGGCUCGCGUAGGAGCGAGCGCACAGAGACACAGAACCGCGUUUAGUAGAAGCUGAAUCACGCGUUGUGAAAUGUUUAAUUUUGUACAAAUAGAAAAUCAGUUCUAAA